AUGUUUUCGAAAGUGUUCGGCAUAGUAGUGCGCAAGUAUUCAAUAGUGUUCGGCAUAGUAGUGCGCAAUUAUGUUCGAGACAAAACAUUUCAUGGCAACGAAAUGUUUCGAAAACGAGUGGUAAAAUCGUUAUGGAAACCUUUUUUUCUGCUUGUGCUGGUUGUAUUGGUGUAUGACUAUCAGAAAAUAUUUACGUAUCUUCAGAUCUUCGCUAAACAAAGUUCCCUGUCGGUAAACGAAGUACACUUAAAAGUUUCCAAAAGAAUUUCCACCGUAUUCUUAACACAAACACAAGCAGAUGAAAAUAAAUAUAAUUCUGAAGAUGCUUGCGCAACAUUUUCCAUAAACAAUACAUCGAAACGUUUCGAUUAUUCGUCUCAAAAGUGUAAACCAAUAACCGCAAGCCAUCAAGAUUGUGAGACAGCUUUUCGGAAGUAUGGGAGGCCGCCUAAGGAUCGUACAUGUCCAAAGGUGGAGAACCAACUAACACAAGUAGAGUUAUGCGCUUUUACUGAGGAGUCUAUUCGAACUUCGAAUGUCACUAAUGUCAAACUACAAUGUAAUUUUGCGCUGUGUCAGCACUCUCCGAUCAGGAUUGGUGUCUUGCAACCAAGAUAUGGACUACUCGUCAGAAGCGAUCUCUGGUAUAUUGCGAAAAAUCAAGUAGAUAUUGAUAUUAUCGUUCGGAGAAUAAUUAACGAAAACACUGAGUAUAAGCAUGAUUUUUUCAUUGUCGCUUGUGGAGAGAGUAAGGACUUUAUUAAACAGGCUAUAAUGCUUCCACCAUUUGUAAAAAUCGUGAAGACAGCGUUGGAGAGAGACGCUAAACCAAACAUUAAUAUACUCGUUCUAGACUCGGUAUCACGACCACACUUCUACCGACAACUUUCAGAGACUGUUUCCACGUUAAAGAGUAUCGAUAAAACGGAGACGACAGUUCUCGAUUUCGAGUUAUUUCACAGUCUCGCGCCGCGUACUUUCCCGAAUAUGCGAGCUUUGUUUAGUGGCAUAGUAGAUGUAGACUCCGACGAUGAAGUACAUACGUACGGACUUGAUUCGCUGUUUGGUCGUUAUAGCAACCUCGGUUACCAAACAACCCUUCAAGAGGACAGCUGUUGGUAUGACUCUUGGGGUGCCUUGAUCACGGAUAAUAAGCACAAUCUUAAGCUUCUAUCGAAUGUCAAUGACUAUGAGGAAAGGUGGCAAGAAAUUCAAAGAAAACUACGUCGCCUUCCAAUUGAUAGUUAUGGCUUGACUCACUUUUCAUGUGAAGUGUUUACACAAUACGGGAAAACAAAUCAGUUUAACGACCCACCUAAAGUCUGUUUCAAUGGACAUCACUUACCAUCCUACUUUCUCAACUACACAUAUACUUUACUGCAAACAGUGGAAAAAACCAAGUCAGCGUACCCUGCCUUCAUAUACACACACAUGAAUACCGGUCACGAAAUGACCGGUAAACGAAUCGCCUAUGCUGAUCAUUUGAUUUCAGAAUUUAUUAAAAAAUCAUCCGGUUUGAAAAAUACUUUAACGAUCAUUUUAUCAGAUCACGGACCAAAAACAAGCAAAUUUUCCCAAGAAUUUUUAGCAGGUCGAUCUGAAAUAAGUCAUGCCAUGUUUUUCAUGAUACUUCCAAAAAAAAUUAGACAUAUUUUGGGACAGCAGAAGGUUGAAAGUCUGCAUAUCAAUCAAAACAGAUUGGUCACGCACACAGAUCUUUUUCACACGUUAAUGUCCCUGCAUGGUAAUCAACCGUCAGGUUUACUUAGUCCCAUCUCAAAGGAAAGAAAUUGCGAGGAUAUUCCCAUCUAUUCUUUUAUGAUGUGCUUGUGUGAAGGCUACACAGAGAUGUUAGCAGAAUUUCACCCGGAAGUCCAUUGGUUAGCAGAAUUUGCGAUUGGUUAUUUGAAUAACCAAAUCACAAGAGCUGGUGUAGAGAGUUCAACGGACAGCGUUGCUUAUGGCAACUGCGAACGGCUGAUAGGUAAAAGGUUUGAUAAAAUUAGGAAAAAAGUUACUGAGGAUGGAAAAGUUGUUUAUACAUUUGAUGCUAUUGUUGAUAAAUACAGAGAUGAAGAAAUUUUCGAGGUUGUGGUGACACUGACUAAUAAAUCCAGCUAUCCUUCAGCAAAAAUAACACGAUGGCGGCGUGUGACCAUCUUUCAACAUUUUAGCAAGUGUACAGAUCCGUACGUUGACGUCCAGUUAUGCAUAUGUAGAAAAGAAUCAAUGACCGAGGCAAAUCCUGGAAGGGACUUAUCGAGACUGCUAGCCUUACAAUCCUUUCAAAUCGAAACAAAAGUAAAGUUCAUAGAUUCAAAAUGUCUCGCUUUGCUUGUAAGGUGGCGAAAGGAAGUUUUUAAAUCUUAUGAGCUAGCAAACCUUUGCUACGAUCGCAUUUACAACGUAACAUUUGACCUGAAGCCCGAUAUUGUCGUCAACUUCAAGACAUCGUACAAACUUCCUCAAAAUAUAACAACUUAUCCAUGGUUUGUUUAUUUCGUAACUUCUAUCCAACUAUCAGACUCUUUUAAGGGGUCAAUCUUAACAGAAAAAAUUUCUUUUCAAGUGAUUUACGAGAGUAAAACAUGAUUAGUUGAAAAAGGGCUAUCGAUAAAUUCGAUAACAGCACAUGAUUUAUCACACACGAUAAGCACACGACCCAUCAUUUCAGGGUGACCACUAAUAAAAUGAGAACAAAAGUAAGGAUAUUAAGGAGAAUUAAGGAGACAAAUUGACAUUUUUUAAGGAUAUUUUGCUGCGAACAAGAAUAAAAAAAAAAAAGGAUAAUUAAGGAGGAAACCAAUUUUAGUUUUCUAUUUUUUUGUGUUACAUACUAUGUUCUAUGAUGAGAAAAUUAUACAUAUUAUACAAAUAUAAAUAUGAAUUAUGCUCUGAAAGAGGGACAAUAUAGAAUUUCAGGUAACAGAGAGAUGUCUUAUUUUGUUGGUGAUGAACAAUCCAUGAACACAUUUCCAAAAAACUUACAAUCAGAAAAAUUAAGAAAUAAGGAGAAAUUAAGAAGAAUAGCUGAAAUUUCCAUUUUUUAAGUAUAUUUAAACACUUUUAAGGAGAUUUUCUUUUUCUAAGGUUAUUUAAGGAAUUUAAGGAGUGGUCACCCUACAUUUAUGUAGCGUACAACUUACGCACGCCAUACAAUAUACACGUUACGCACACCAUACAUCAUACACGUAUGCACUAUACACGGUAAGCACACGAUACAUCGUACACGAUAUACAUUAUACACAAUUUAUUUUUACUUGUAAAUAUUUAACUUGUUUUUAUUUGUUUACUUUAUCUUUG